UUCUGCUUCUGCUGUUUCCAUCGAUGGUACCUCGGUGGUAGAAGAAGUAGUAGUAGUAGUAGUGGUGAUGGUGCUGCUGUUGUCAGCCCACGCGGAGAAUCUCUAGUCUCUUCUCUCGGACGUGUUAUACUCUACUCUUCAUUUUCUUCCUUCUUCUCUUUCUAUCUUUCUAUCUCUCUUUCUUUAUUUCUCAUUCUCUUUCUCUCUGUCUAUCUAUUUCUCUCUGUCUCUCUCUCUUUCUCUUUCUCUUUCCCUUUCCCUUACUCGGUCGGCCUCUAUCUCUUUUUGCGAUAUAAAAAGAGAAGAGGAGAAUAUUAUUUAAUCGAGAGGAUUUUUCUAUUCGAAUUUCUCUAUAUCAAGAGGAAACUUUCAGAACAGUAUCUUCGUUUAGAAAUUUGUGACAGAGAAGAAGUUACCAAGCAAACACCAUGGCGUUCGCUGGAUUAAAAAAACAAAUCAACAAAGCUAAUCAGUAUAUGACCGAGAAGAUGGGCGGUGCCGAGGGUACUAAGCUCGAUGUCGACUUCGUCGAUAUGGAAAGGAAAACAGACGUGACUAAUGAGCUGGUGGAAGAACUGCAGAUGAAAACUAAAGAAUUUCUUCAACCGAAUCCAACUGCGAGAGCAAAGAUGGCGGCGGUCAAGGGCAUUAGUAAACUCAGCGGCCAAGCAAAGGCCUCGACCUAUCCUCAACCCGAAGGUGUUCUUGGCGAUUGCAUGCUCAUGUAUGGCAAAAAAUUAGGCGAGGACAGUAUUUUUGCUCAGGCUCUUAUUGAAAUGGGAGAUGCAAUGAAGCAAAUGGCCGACGUAAAAUAUUCCUUGGACGAUAAUAUAAAGCAAAACUUUUUGGAACCGUUGCAUCAUUUGCAGACUAAGGAUCUUAAGGAAGUAAUGCACCAUCGGAAGAAACUUCAGGGAAGACGAUUGGACUUUGACUGCAAGCGAAGACGUCAAGCAAAAGGUUCUCACUUUUCAGACGACGAGAUUAAGCAAGCCGAAGAAAAGUUUAUCGAGAGUCUUCAUCUCGCACAAUUGGGCAUGUUCAAUUUACUCGAAAAUGAUGUAAGUCAUGGUUAUAUUGAACAAGUGGCUCAAUUGGCGACUUUUAGCGAAGCUCUUUUGGAAUAUCAUCAACAAUGCACCGAGAUUUUGCGAGUUCUGACUGAGAAACUAUUAGAGAAGAAAGAAGAAGCAGCGAUCAGACCGAAAAUGGAAUUCGUUCCUAAGCCAUUUGCUGAUCUACACGUCGAAGGUUUAACAUCUUCGGAUGCCAUGAACGGUGGGAACUACUCCCUUCACGGAUCAAGUCGAGCCGGUUCUCCGAUCCAUGGAGACGGGAAGCGUUCGCAGCUCGAACUAUUCCCAGCCGGAAAUCCGCCGCAAUCCGCCAAUGCUUCACCGUUGCCAUCACCGAGCAAAUCACCAGCAAGGACGCCAAUGGCAAGACAACCAUGUUGCACGGCUCUUUACGAUUUUAUACCUGAGAAUGAGGGAGAACUUGGAUUCAAGGAAAACGAAACGAUCACCCUGAUUCAAAAGAUCGAUGAAAAUUGGUAUGAAGGUAGCUUAAAUGGACGCAAAGGAUACUUCCCUGUAACUUACGUUCAAGUCGUAGUACCGCUUCCCUAAAAUUAAGCGGAUAACUUGACUUACCAAAGAGAGACCCUUGCAAAGUCGUUCGUUAGCGUCUAUUAAUCACGACAAAUUAUUAAUCAUAAUAAUUGUUAUUAUUAUGUCUCUCUCUCUCUCUCCCCUUUCUCUCUCUCUCUCUUUCUCUCUUUCUCCCUUUCUUCUUCAAUUUAGUCCAAAAUUACGCCAAGAGAGAUUAGAAAAGGUAUUAUCUAUUGUAUUAUUGUUAUGAUUUAACGAGCCUUUCCUCAAACGAUCCUCAAAAAAGAGUUUCUAUCUCAAUCCCAAUCUUUGACUAUAUUUCUAACUCUAUUUCUAUCUCUAUCUUUUUCUCCCUCUUAUAUCCCAUUCGUUCUCUCUCUUUUUCUCUCUCUAUCUUUCACUUUCUCUUUCUUUUUUUCCAAGAAUAGCCUCAAUUAUACGCAUGUUAAUAAUGUACAUAUAUAUAACGUUAUAAUAGUGUCUUUUAUCGACAUUCAGAAGGACCUUCGCGCGCCCAGACGAACACGGGAUGCAUACUAACAAAGUAUAUAUACAUAUAUUAUAUAUACAUACAGAUUAUAAAACGUAUAUAUUUACAUAUAUAUAUAAAUAUAUAUAUAUAUAGAUCUACGCAGAUACGUUAUUAUACACGCUAUUAACUAAACACCGAUCAUUCAUAUACAUACAUACAUACAUACAUACGUACAUACAUAAGUGCAUGCAUUUAUGAAAGUACCAACUACGGUUAUAGUCCACUGCGAUGGGGGCGGCUAUAAUAUAUCUCUUUCAUUUUCUUUACAUUCAUUUCGUCUCUCAUGUCUGUCCUCGUAUUCUCAACGAUAAUACAAAAUAAUAAUAAUAAUAAUAAUAAUAAUAAUAAUAAUAAUAAUAAUAAUAAUAAUUUCCCUCCCAAAAAUAGAACAAGUUCAAAAUAACUCCCGCGAUUCUCGACCGUACAGAAAAAAUCACCCUCGUUGGUCAUUCGUAGAUUUCGUCAUUUGUUUCAAGAAUAAAUUUAUCUAUUCUAAUCUUUCGAUCAUCGCGAUCACGACCAAAUUGAUUUUUAUUCGUUUUCAUAUAUUCCAUUCAUUUUAUUUAUUUAUUUUGUCAUUCUCACAUGGGAAAUUUCAUAUGGCUUGCGUUGGUCCAUGUCAAUGCAAAAAAUCAUUGUUUUGUUGUAAGAAAAAGGAAAGAAGAAAUUGAAUGAAAACUUUUUCAUUUACAUAAUUAAUGAAACUUUCCGUAUUAUUUUUCUUUUUUCUUUUUAGUUUCAUCUUCUAAAUAUUGAAGUGUCCCUACCUCUAAUGUCCUCUGUCCUCCCUAAUCCUAUCUUUUUCUUCUUCUUCUUCUUCUUCUUCUUUCUCCUUUUCUCCCUUCUCUCUCUGCUCGUAAGUCGAUUGAAACCCUUCUUCCUCGAUCGUUUAGCACGAAUUUUUUGUAAUAAUCCUUUUUGUAGAAGACGUGUUUAAAAAUAAUCACGAUUAGAGUUUAGUUUAAGCGAAAACCUCGAAAUGGCGGCUAAUCUUUCUUCCACGAAGUCUUUAUUUCGAUAUUGUCAUUACAAUUGACACAAGAUUAUUUUUAUUACGAAAGAGAAAUAAUAUAUAGAGAAAAUAUUAUCUACCAUAUAAUAUGUAAUUUGGCUAAUUUAAUAUUAUAUACAUUAUAUAUCUUUUUCUUUUUUCUUUUGUUAUUUCAUAUAUACGUUCGUAAUAUAUCUUGUUUAACGGGAUAAUGUUUUUUAAACGUAUAUUUAAGAAGAAGCAUGUGGUUUUAAUUAAAUUAAAUUAAUUAGUUUCGUCCUUCCAUUUUUGACUUUGAUGUACGAGAGUAAAACCGCCAUAACAAUGAAAGUAAUUAAAGAAGAAAGAAAGAAAGAAAGAAAGAAA